CACCCCCACUCGUCUUCUUCCUCUCGCCGCCGCAGCGCGCGGCCGCCACUCCAUCCACCACAAUGGCGAACCCCACGUCCCACCGCCUCCUCCUCGCCGCGUAGCCCUAUCGGCGAGCCGCUGCCGGUGGCUUCUCCGCAUCCCCGCGCCGUAGAGUCUCCGCCGCCGCCGUGUGCUCCGCAACAUUGGGGUCGAGGGUUUUCGAUUCGGCGAAGGGGGGGGGGGGGGGGGGAAAGCUCGUCCCGUGGGAGGCGCCAUGGGGAGCGAGGCGAAGGAGAUGAAGUACAGGAGAAGGGCUAGGGUUCCAGAGCCCUUCGAUUACGGGCAAUGCGGCGGCGACCGGAGUGGCGUGCUGGAUUGGGGCGCGCUCAAGGAGAACCCCGUGGAGCUGCUCCGGAAGCUCGACGAGCUGCGGGACCACAUCACCAGGUCCUGCGAGAUCACCGACCAGCCGCGGGAGCGCCACCGCAUGAGCCGCCGCACGGCCUCGCUGCGCCCCUCGCACGCCGAGCCGCCGCCGCUAGGCCGUGGGCCGGAGCACUACCGCUCACGCUACACGGGAAGGUACGGGUCUGGCUUUCCGCACAGUCCGAAUGACCAGCUGCAUCGGUCUAUGCAUAGAGAUAGGUAUGAGAGGCAGCCGAGUGGGCGGUUCCGGCAAUGGCCGGAGAGGCAGUGGGAGAAUUCUGGGUAUCUUGGGGGGAAUCACCAUCAGAGCACCUGCCAGUGUGCACAGUGCCUUCAUGGCCAGAGAGCUGUGAUGCAGGAGGAGCACAUUCCCAUGACGAGGUACUUUGCAGGCCAGCAGGGGUCUCACCUGUUCGAUAGGUCCCCAUCAGUCUCAUCGGAGCUUGACCGGAGGUCUGUCGCUUCGUCAUUGUACUCUCAUUUCUCGGUGUCGAAGAGGAGGACAGAGUUUUUCAGGAAGAAGGCAGAGAGUUUCUGUCGUCCUGUGAGAGGCGCCGCUCCUUUCGUUGUAUGCAGUUCUUGUAACCAGCUGCUGCAGCUGCCUCCUGGGAAAUGCACAGCUCGGAAGCAGAUUCAAGUUCGGUGUGGUUCGUGCUCGGAGAUCGUUAGUUUCAAGCUUAAGGAAGUGAAAAUUCAUCCUUUGGUUGCGCCGACAUCUUUCCCUGCAUCAAAAACAGUGGGGAGUUCCAGUCGUCAGGUUAACAAAAGUUUUGGGUGGUACCAACAUCAGGAUGAAGGAAAUUCUAGUUUCCAUAAGCUGCAAGCACAAGAGAGAUGGCAGCAGAACAAGGAUCUUGCAGACAAUAUUUCUGUGUCUUCUACUUCUAGUUAUGACAGAAUAGACAAAGAGUGUGGAUCAAACAGGAGCAGUCAGUUACUAUCAGUAUCUGUUAGAAGGUCCAGACUUGCAAAUAUCCCAAAGGAUAUACUAUGUCAAGGAGAUGCAUACAGUCAAGUAGAAACUUCAGCAUUUAAUACAGGCAAUCUACAGGCCCCAGUUAUAGAGGACAAAUGUGUCGAUCCAUUUUCCAGUCGUCUAAAAGAUUGUAGUGGUGGAGAUCGCACAAGCAAGGAAUGUAGCCUAAAUAUCAUGGCAGAUUCUGUUGAUGCUAAUGUUAGGGAUGAAAGAUCGGACGUGACAUAUGAGCAGAACAGCAAAGAUCAUAAAGAAGGAUUUGGAGAAGAAACUGUCAGCAGUAGACAUGAGCAAAAGCUCAAAGAAAGUACAAGUGGCUUUUGUGAUGAUGGAAGCAUGGGUAACAUAGACAAGCUGACGGCUGAUAAUGAUGAUACCAGCAGCCUUGAAGAUGGAGACGUGAGCAAAAAGUAUGAAGAAAAAAUCAAACAAGAUGACAACAACUUUCAAUCAGAAUUCAUUACUGAGCGAUAUAGCAAAUGCAGCAAAGAAGAUAAUAACAGUGUCAUUCAAGUUGAAACUAUAGCUACGAUAUGCAAACAAGAUGACUUAGAUGAUUGUUAUAGUGAAUUGCUCUCCCCAAAUUCUGAACAUGCCAUAAUGCCAUCGAAGCUUGAGUCAUCAGUUAAUGAGCGCACAAAUUCUAGUUCUCGUGUUUCUUCUGAGGCUGAACUAGACGAAGUUCAGUCUGCAGCUACUAAGAACGGGGAUUCAAAGUUUUUUGCUGGUUUUUUGAAGAAAGGUUUGAAGGACAUUUCUUUGUUCAAUCAAUCAGUGGACAGUGCUAAGGUUUCAAUCAAUGGCCAUUCAAUCUCCGAACGUGUCCUACGGAAGGCCGAGAAGAAGUCUGGUCCAGUUGGCCCUGGUUCAUAUUGGUAUGACUACCGCGCUGGAUUUUGGGGUGUCAUGGGACAUGAGUGUAGUGGCAUCAUCCCUCCAUUUAUAAAGGAAUUUAAUUAUCCAAUGCCGAAAAAUUGUGCCGGUGGGAACACAGGAGUUAUUGUCAAUGGUAGAGAACUUCAUCAGAAAGACUUUGAAUUGCUUGCAGGAAGAGGUCUCCCACGGAUAUCUGGAAAAUCAUAUUCUGUUGAGAUCAAUGGAAAUGUGAUUGAUGAAACAACUGGCAAAAAAUUACGAAAGCUUGGAAAGCUUGCUCCUACAGUUGAGAAGUUAAAACGUGGAUUUGGCAUGCACGUCCCUGAAGAGAAAAGUUAGCUCUCUGGCUCUGAUGAUGUUCCCUUGCUUUGCAAAAACUCAUUUCCACGUAAAAGCUGUCAAGGGAGUUAAAUUGGAUUGUGGCAUGGAAGAAGCCUUUAGAUUGUACUUCUUGAAGCUUGAGUGUGCAGCAACAGUAAUACACGAGUACCUAAGACGACCUGUUUUUUAUAUAUAUUUACCACUUACUCAUUCAAAGUUGACAAAUUGUCGUACAAAUUCCAUUACUUCAUUUGAAGCAUUCUUUAGGUAUAUAUGACCUAAGCAUGCGAACAGCUCUAAGUUCCUCAUGUGUCUGGGUAUGUUGUUUCCUGUCCCCUGCAUAUGUUGUUGAUACAGAGCAAUAGAGUAUAGACAAUAUUCUGGGUGUGUAUCGUUGUGGGCUUGUAAUAUGUCUGCUAUACCAGUGCCUUUUUACAUUAUAUUACACAUGUAUGUAAAGUUGUAAAUAUUUAAUCUUAACCACCUUUUGCUAGGUGGCAGAUGUGAAUGUUUGAUGAUUUGGGCUUGAGGUUUCAUUUACAAAGGUAUUACAUUUGUUUUUUAUACUGAAA